AUGGCCGACAUCAUGAACCCCCAGCAGGAGCAGCAGCCCUUCCAGGACGCUACGCGCGGUUACGCCGACUCUGAGGCGACCGACGACCGCGAUGAGGAGACGAUCCGCAAGGACAACGAGCUCGCUGAGCGCCUCUCCAUCAUCAUCGAGGACGCCAACAAGCGCGUCGUCCCCCUCAUCAAGAUGCUUCGCAACAACAUCGAGAACUUCUUCAACCAAAAGGAGGAGGAGCGCAACGAGGAUGAGAUGAUCAAGUCCGUCAAGCCCCUCAUCGAGCAGGCCGAGAAGAUUCUCUACGAGACCAACGGCUCGAUCAAGGGCGCCGACCCCGACAGCCGCCUCACCAACCGCGCGAACCGUCACGCCGCCGACCACAAGGCGACGCCCGAGGAGCAGCGUCUCGCCGCCGCGCUGAAAGUGAUGAUCGAGGAGGUUGGCGGCACCAUCGAUUGGGCCAAGAACAAGAUCAACAGCCUUCCCAAGUCGAAGCGCGAGCUCGGCCCUCUCCUCGACGCUCUCGGCCAGCCUCUCACCCAGAUCGUUGGCGGUGUCGGACUUCUUCUCGCCGGUGUGCUCAACCUCGUCUCCAAGCUGCUCUCCGGUCUCGGCCUCAGCAGCUUGCUCGACGGUAUCCUGACUGCCACGGGUAUCAAGAGCAUCACCAAGGCUGCGGGUUUGGACAAGUUCCUCAGCUUCUAG